AUGAUUCCACAACACGGCGAUCAACCGACUCUACCUAAAGAAAGAAACUUUGAAGGCGGUGACUCACCUGCACCUAGCCAACACCCUGCCAAGAGACGAAAGAGAGAAGAACAAAAUGGUUCUGCUUCUGCUCCGUCGCCUUCUGGCGAGCAACACGCAGAAAAUGAGCCUCGCAACAGCGUGAUUACUGACCAUAUGGCUUGGCAGUCUACCAUUGAGGAGGUUGUCAAAGCGAUCGUCUCGAUCCGCUUCAGUCAAGUUGCAGCAUUCGAUACUGAAGGACCGGAAACAUCGGAAGCAUCGGGUUUCAUCGUAGAUGCGAAGAAUGGCAUUAUUCUCACGAAUCGUCACGUUGCUUGCGCAGGUCCAUUUGUGGGUGAGGCUGUCUGCCACGAUCAUGAAGAAGUCGAUGUCUUUCCGAUCUAUCGCGAUCCCGUGCAUGACUUUGGUUUCCUAAAGUUUGAUCCAAGUAAAAUUAAGUACAUGCCUGUUACUCAGGUGGAACUGCGCCCUGAAUUGGCAAAGGUGGGCUUAGAUAUCCGAGUCGUAGGUAACGAUGCUGGUGAAAAGCUGAGCAUUUUGGCAGGCUCGAUAUCGCGUUUGGAUCGUAACACGCCGGACUAUGGUGAUUUGACAUAUAAUGAUUUCAACACAUUCUAUCUACAAGCUGCUUCGAGCACAAGUGGUGGAAGUUCCGGCUCACCCGUGAUUGACCUUGACGGUAAUGCUGUUGCAUUACAAGCUGGUGGCCACACCAAAGCAGCCACGGAUUUCUUCUUACCUCUCGACAGAAUUAAGCGUGCCCUUCAAUAUGUACAACGUGGUGAACCUGUUCCUCGAGGUGAUGUUCAGGCUCAAUUUGUAUAUCGUCCUUUUGAUGAGGUGCGUCGUUUGGGCUUGAAGGCCGAAACUGAAGAAAAGCUUCGAAAGGAAUUCAAGGACGAGAUUGGUAUGCUAGUUGUUGAGACAGUGUUGCCAGAAGGCCCAGCACAUGGCAAAAUGGAAGAAGGCGAUAUUCUUCUGACCAUGAAUGGCCAAUAUGUCACUCGAUUUGUGUCCUUGGAAGAAAUGCUGGAUUCGAAUGUCGGAAAGGAAAUCAAUGUUGUGAUUGAGCGAGGUGGCAAGACAAUGGAACUGACCGUGUGUGUCGGUGAUCUUCAUGCCAUCACACCAGAUCGAUACGUUGAGGUGGGCGGUUCUAAAUUGAACGAAGUUUCAUAUCAGCUUGCUCGUGCUUAUUGCGUACCUUGUCGCGGUGUAUACGUUGCUGAACCCUCUGGCAUGUUUAGAUUGGAUGGCCCAGACAAUGGCUGGAUUAUCAAAUCAGUGGAUGAUAAGGACACACCCAAUUUGGAUACUUUCAUUGAAGUGAUGAAAGGUAUUCCCGAUCGCGCACGUGUACCUGUCGUUUAUUACUCUAUCGCCGACACACACACGAUCCUCGUCUCAGUUGUCCAGGUUGACCGCCACUGGUCUGGCUUCCGUUUGGCUGUACGAAAUGACAAGACCGGUCUGUGGGACUUUACUGAUUGCGGCGCGCCCAUUCCUCCACGCCCCAUCGAACCUUCCACCAAGAAGUUUAUCGAGCUGGAUAGCAGUAUGGGCCCAUGCAAGGAAUUGAUUCGUUGUCUAGUUAAAGUGAGCUAUUACAUGCCUUGUCGGAUGGAUGGUUUCCCACGGAACCGCAAGCUUGGUGCGGGUGUCGUUAUUGACAAGGAACGGGGCUUUGUUGUGGUUGCACGCAGUAUUGUGCCUACUGCCAUGGGUGAUCUGACAAUCACCGUGGCGGACUCAUUGGUUAUCCCUGGCAAAGUGAUUUAUCUCCACCCAACACACAACUUUGCCAUUGUCAAGUACGAUCCCAAGCUUAUCGGCGACACGAAUGUCUUGAGUGCCCCCAUUAGCGACAAGACGCUUGAACAAGGCCACAAGGUUACCUUGGUAGCUCAUAACCACAAUCAACGGCCCGUGUGUCUGAACACUGUUGUCACUGACAUUACCUGUGUGACAAUUCCGCACAAUGGCACUCCUCGGUUCCGGGGCAUCAAUCAAGACGGUAUCACUCUCGACACACCCUUAGCACUCCAAUGUUCGUCUGGCCUGCUUGCUUCUGCAGAGGGCAAGGUACAAGGAUUAUGGCUCAGCUAUUUGGGUGAGCGAAAUCUGAACGGCCACGACAACGAGUAUCAUCUUGGCUUGCACAUCUCUACAAUUUUGCCUGUUCUGCAACGUUUACAACGCAAUGUCCCUGUCGAGCUACGAAGCUUGAACGUGGAAUUGAUGCCUGUUCAAAUGGCACAAGCAUCAGCCAUGGGUGUGUCUGAUGAGUGGAUCCGCAAGGUUCAAGAUGCCAACCACGCAAAACAUCAGAUUUUCAUGAUCCGACGAACAGAAGCAUGUAGUGAAAGCGGCAACGUACUCAAGGAACUCGACUUGAUCUUGGCAGUGAACGGCAAAACCAUCACGCGCAUGUAUGAGAUGGAUGUACAAUACGAGGCCGAAGAGCUGGAGAUGACCAUCCUACGACAAAAGAAGGAAAUGACGGUCACGGUGAAGACAUCCCCCGUCACUGGCGCUGGCACAAGCCGCUUGGUAUUCUGGGGCGGUGCUGUCUUGCAAGAACCUCACAAGGCAGUUUUGCAGCAAAGCAAGACGUUGCCAUCCAAGAUUUAUAUUUCGGCACGGUCCAAGGGAUCGCCUGCGUACAUGUAUGGAUUGGUGCCUACAAACUGGAUCACACACAUCAACUCAGUUCAGGUAGUCACCCUGGAUGAUCUCAUUGCCGCUGUCAAGGAUAUUGCGGACAACACGUAUGUGCGUGUACGCUGCGUUAGCUUUGACAAUGUCCCGAUGAUGCUUUCGGUCAAGAUGGUCAAUCACUAUUUCCCCUUAGUAGACAUGGGUAUGGACUCUAGUGUAGAAUGCGGAUGGAAAAAGAGAACCAUCUCUUGA